AUGGAGAGUUUACCAGUCGUGUAUCGUGCGAACCAAAUGCGUUGGAUGGCCUCUGAACUUUUUAAAGAAUGGCUGAAGGAUUGGGACAGAGAGCUACAACGCCAGUCGAGAAAAGUGCUGGUUCUUCUUGACAAUUGUGCAGCACAUCUUCAUUUAGAUUGCUUGAUGAACGUCCAGCUGAAAUUUCUACCUCCCAGGACCACAACUUCGGUGCAGCCAAUGCACAUGGGCAUCAUAAAAAAUUUGAAGACCCUUUAUCGUGCAAGAUUGGUUAAUUACAUACUUGAAGCAAUUGAAGAAAUUUUGCUGACCUCAUCGUCAAAAGCUAACGAAGUCAGUGCAAAGGUCAAAAUCUUGCAAGUAGUUACAUUUGUGGCUGACAGCUGGCGAAAAGUGAGCAGUGAGACAAUUCAGAACUGUUUUUCUCACUGUGGCUUUAAGCACUUGGUUUCGGAGAUGGAUGUGGACAUACUCAUUGAAAGUGAAAAUGAUGAUUUACAUGUGGAACUUCAACAGGUACAAAAUUACGAAGAAUUUUUAUCCAUGGACAAAGAGUUUCAAUGCUACGAUGAAAAUAAAGAUUACGACACUGCAAUCGUUGCUCGAGUUGCAGCAAAACACACGACAGCAUCGGACGACCAAGAAAGGGAUGAUGCCGCUAAUAAGUUGGUGCAAGUGACAACACAGGAUGCGAGGAAACUUUGCGUCGGUAUUUCAUGCAGGAAGGAAAUGAAGGCAGUCCCAUUGCUGCGUUAG